AAAUAAUACACAUUCGCAUUUAUCGGAGUGUAACAAAACGAUCGGCUGGUGAAUUGUUGUUCUAAAAACGCCAAAAAAUACGCAGUUUUCAAAAUAUUUGUUAUUUUUGUGAUAUUUGUGUGAAGUGUAGUGUUAAGAAAGCCAAGUGUUGUAAAGGAUUAAAAGGAGGACCCAUUGAUCACACAGUGGUUGAUCGACCAGACUAGACACAGAACUAUGAGAUGGCAGUCGACGUGAGAAUAUUCACGGCAGCGGUUUUUAUACUCGCUGCUCACUUCACUUUCGCACAAGAUUGUAGCUACAUGGUAGCAAUACCCAGACCAGAGCGACCAGAUUUUCCAAGUCAAAAUUUCGAUGGAAUACCAUGGAGUCAGUAUCCCUUGAUACCAGUGGAGGGUAGAGAAGACGUGUGUAUGAACGAGUUCCAGCCAGGUAACCAAAACCCUGUUACCGUCAUCUUUAUGGAAGAGGAGAUCGAAGGGGAUGUGGCCAUCGCACGGCUCAACUAUCGAGGUACCAAUACUCCGACCAUUGUAUCUCCAUUUAGCUUUGGUACUUUUAACAUGUUGGGACCUGUCAUACGUAGAAUACCUGAGAAUGGUGGUGACUGGCAUCUCGUCAUUACACAGAGACAGGACUACGAGACGCCAGGUAUGCAGCAGUACAUCUUCGACGUGAGGGUAGACGACGAGCCCCUGGUGGCCACGGUCAUGCUUCUCAUCGUCAACAUUGAUGACAACGAUCCUAUCAUACAGAUGUUCGAGCCUUGUGAUAUUCCUGAACGCGGUGAAACAGGCAUCACAUCAUGCAAGUAUACAGUCAGCGAUGCUGACGGUGAGAUCAGUACUCGCUUCAUGAGGUUCGAAAUUUCAAGCGAUCGAGACGAUGACGAAUAUUUCGAACUCGUCAGGGAAAAUAUACAAGGACAGUGGAUGUAUGUUCAUAUGAGAGUUCACGUCAAAAAACCUCUUGACUACGAGGAAAACCCGCUACAUUUGUUUAGAGUUACAGCUUAUGAUUCCCUACCAAACACACAUACAGUAACAAUGAUGGUGCAAGUAGAGAACGUUGAGAACAGACCGCCGCGAUGGGUGGAGAUAUUUGCUGUCCAGCAGUUCGAUGAGAAGACGGAGCGGUCCUUCAGGGUUCGAGCCAUCGAUGGUGAUACAGGAAUCGAUAAACCUAUCUUCUAUAGGAUCGAAACUGAAAAAGGAGAGGAAGACUUGUUCAGCAUUCAAACAAUAGAAGGUGGUCGAGAAGGCGCUUGGUUUAACGUCGCUCCAAUAGACAGGGACACUCUUGAGAAGGAAGUUUUCCACGUGUCCAUAAUAGCGUACAAAUAUGGCGAUAAUGACGUAGAAGGCAGUUCGUCGUUCCAGUCGAAGACCGAUGUGGUCAUCAUCGUAAACGAUGUCAAUGAUCAGGCUCCGUUGCCUUUCCGGGAAGAGUACUCCAUUGAAAUUAUGGAGGAAACUGCAAUGACACUGAAUUUAGAAGACUUUGGUUUCCAUGAUAGAGAUCUUGGUCCUCACGCCCAAUACUCAGUGCACCUAGAAAGCAUCUAUCCCCCCCGAGCUCACGAGGCGUUCUACAUCGCACCGGAGGUGGGCUACCAGCGCCAGUCUUUCAUCAUGGGCACGCAGAACCAUCACAUGCUGGACUUCGAAGUGCCAGAGUUCCAGAAUAUACAGCUAAGGGCUAUAGCGAUAGACAUGGACGAUCCCAAGUGGGUUGGUAUUGCGAUAAUCAACAUUAAACUGAUCAACUGGAACGAUGAGCUGCCGAUGUUCGAGAGUGACGUGCAAACCGUCAGCUUCGACGAGACAGAGGGCGCUGGCUUCUAUGUGGCCACUGUUGUGGCUAAGGACCGGGAUGUUGGUGAUAAAGUCGAACACUCUCUAAUGGGUAACGCAGUAAGCUACCUGAGGAUCGACAAGGAAACCGGCGAGAUCUUCGUCACAGAGAACGAAGCUUUCAACUAUCACAGACAGAACGAGCUUUUUGUGCAGAUACGAGCUGACGACACGCUGGGCGAGCCAUACAACACUAACACCACCCAGUUGGUGAUCAAGCUGCGGGAUAUUAACAACACUCCUCCUACGCUCAGGCUGCCUCGCUCCACUCCGUCAGUGGAAGAGAACGUGCCCGACGGGUUCGUGAUCCCCACACAACUGAACGCCACGGACCCCGACACUACAGCCGAGCUGCGCUUCGAGAUCGACUGGGAGAACUCCUACGCCACCAAGCAGGGACGGAAUACUGACUCUAAGGAGUAUAUCGGUUGUAUAGAAAUCGAGACGAUAUACCCAAAUAUAAACCAGCGCGGCAACGCCAUCGGCCGCGUCGUGGUGCGUGAGAUCCGGGACGGCGUCACCAUAGACUAUGAGAUGUUUGAGGUUCUAUAUCUUACUGUCAUUGUGAGGGAUCUCAACACCGUUAUUGGCGAAGACCAUGAUAUAUCAACAUUCACGAUCACAAUAAUAGACAUGAACGACAACCCUCCCCUGUGGGUAGAAGGCACCCUGACUCAGGAGUUCCGCGUCCGAGAGGUCGCAGCCUCAGGAGUCGUUAUAGGAUCCGUACUGGCCACUGAUAUCGACGGACCGCUGUAUAAUCAAGUGCGGUAUACAAUCACUCCCAGACUCGAUACUCCAGAAGACCUAGUGGACAUCGACUUCAACACGGGUCAGAUCUCCGUAAAGUUACACCAGGCCAUCGACGCGGACGAGCCGCCGCGUCAGAACUUGUACUACACCGUCAUAGCUAGUGACAAGUGUGACCUCCUCACUGUCACUGAGUGUCCUCCUGACCCUACCUACUUUGAGACGCCGGGAGAGAUUACGAUCCACAUAACGGACACGAACAACAAGGUGCCUCAAGUGGAAGACGACAAGUUCGAGGCGACGGUGUACAUCUACGAGGGCGCGGACGACGGAGAACAUGUCGUGCAGAUCUACGCCAGCGAUCUCGAUAGAGAUGAAAUCUACCACAAAGUGAGCUAUCAGAUCAACUACGCGAUCAACUCCCGUCUCCGCGACUUCUUCGAGAUGGACCUGGAGUCCGGCCUGGUGUACGUCAACAACACCGCCGGCGAGCUGCUGGACAGGGACGGCGAUGAGCCCACACAUCGCAUCUUCUUCAAUGUCAUCGAUAACUUCUAUGGAGAAGGAGAUGGUAACCGCAAUCAGAAUGAGACUCAAGUGCUGGUAGUAUUACUGGACAUCAACGACAACUAUCCGGAACUGCCUGAAACAAUCCCAUGGGCUAUCUCUGAGAGCUUAGAGCAGGGUGAGCGUGUACCGCCAGAAAUCUUCGCCCGGGACCGCGACGAGCCCGGCACUGACAACUCCCGCGUCGCAUACGCCAUCACCGGCCUUACCAGCACCGACCGGGACAUACAAGUGCCUGAUCUCUUCAACAUGAUCACCAUAGAGAGGGACAGGGGAAUAGACCAGACUGGAAUACUUGAGGCAGCUAUUGAUUUGAGAGGCUAUUGGGGCACUUAUGAAAUUGAUAUUCAGGCGUACGACCACGGAGUUCCUCAAAGGAUUUCAAAUCAGAAGUACCCGCUGGUCAUCAGACCUUACAACUUCCACGACCCAGUGUUCGUGUUCCCUCAACCUGGAUCCACCAUCAGACUGGCAAAGGAGCGAGCAGUAGUGAACGGUAUACUGGCUACAGUGGACGGCGAAUUUCUGGACAGAAUCGUCGCCACCGACGAAGAUGGCUUAGAAGCUGGACUUGUCACAUUCUCUAUCGCGGGAGAUGAUGAAGAUGCUCAGUUCUUCGACGUGUUGAACGACGGAGUGAACUCGGGUGCUCUCACCCUCACGCGGCUCUUCCCUGAAGACUUCCGAGAGUUCCAGGUGACGAUUCGUGCUACGGACGGUGGAACUGAGCCUGGUCCAAGGAGUACUGACUGCUUGGUGACCGUAGUGUUUGUUCCCACGCAGGGAGAGCCCGUGUUCGAGGAGAGUACCUACACGGUUGCUUUUGUUGAAAAAGAUGAGGGUAUGGAGGAGAGGGCGGAACUACCUCGCGCCUCAGACCCGAGGAACAUCAUGUGUGAAGAUGAUUGUCACGACACCUAUUACAGCAUUGUUGGAGGCAAUUCGGGUGAACACUUCAGAGUAGACCCUCGUACCAACGUGCUGACCCUUGUGAAGCCGCUGGACCGCUCCGAGCAGGACACUCAUACUCUCAUCAUCGGAGCCAGCGACACUCCCAACCCGGCCGCCGUCCUGCAGGCUUCUACACUCACUGUCACUGUUAAUGUUCGAGAAGCGAACCCGCGACCAGUGUUCCAGAGAGCACUCUACACAGCUGGCAUCUCUGCUGGCGAUUUCAUCGAAAGAAAUCUGCUGACUGUAGUAGCGACACAUUCAGAAGGUCUGCCCAUCACUUACACUCUGGUACAAGAGUCCAUGGAAGCAGACCCCACACUCGAAGCUGUUCAGGAGUCAGCCUUCAUCCUCAACCCUGAGACUGGAGUCCUGUCCCUCAACUUCCAGCCAACCGCCGCCAUGCACGGCAUGUUUGAGUUCGAAGUCGAAGCCACUGAUUCAAGGAGUGAAACUGCCCGCACGGAAGUGAAGGUGUACCUGAUAUCGGACCGCAACCGAGUGUUCUUCACGUUCAAUAACCCGCUGCCUGAAGUCACGCCCCAGGAAGAUUUCAUAGCGGAGACGUUCACGGCAUUCUUCGGCAUGACGUGCAACAUCGACCAGUCGUGGUGGGCCAGCGACCCCGUCACCGGCGCCACCAGGGACGACCAGACUGAAGUCAGGGCGCACUUCAUCAGGGACGACUUACCCGUGCCUGCUGAGGAGAUUGAACAGUUGCGCGGUAACCCAACUCUAGUAAACAGUAUCCAACGAGCCCUAGAGGAACAGAACUUACAGCUGGCCGACCUGUUCACGGGCGAGACGCCGAUCCUGGGCGGCGACGCGCAGGCGCGAGCUCUGUACGCGCUGGCGGCGGUGGCUGCGGCGCUGGCACUGAUUGUCGUUGUGCUGCUUAUUGUGUUCUUUGUUAGGACUAGGACACUGAACCGUCGCUUGCAAGCUCUGUCCAUGACGAAGUACAGUUCGCAAGACUCGGGUCUGAACCGCGUGGGUCUGGCGGCUCCGGGCACCAACAAGCACGCUGUCGAGGGCUCCAACCCCAUCUGGAACGAAACGUUGAAGGCUCCGGACUUUGAUGCUCUUAGCGAGCAGUCGUACGACUCAGACCUGAUCGGCAUCGAAGACUUGCCGCAGUUCAGGAACGACUACUUCCCGCCUGAAGAGGGCAGCUCCAUGCGGGGAGUCGUCAAUGAACACGUGCCUGAAUCAAUAGCGAACCAUAACAACAACUUCGGGUUUAACUCUACCCCCUUCAGCCCAGAGUUCGCGAACACGCAGUUCAGAAGAUAAAAUAACAUAGCAUUUAAAAAAUGUACCAGUGAUGUAAUACCAUAGGUACUAAUAUUUACCUAAGUAUAUAUUAAAGUGAGAUUAGGUAAGAUACUCGUAUUUAUUAAGAGCAUUUAUUUUUUUAAUACCAAACAAUAAAAACUUUAUAAAAGUAUA